CAGACAAGGGAUUUUAGAGAGGAAGGGAGGGCCCUCAUUUGCGAAAUUUUCUUUCUCCUCCAAAACUUCUCAGGGGCUUUUCUCCUGCUAUUUUCCUCGAGAAUCCGGUCAUCAAUCUGCCCGUUUGAAGCCAAAGUGAACUGGUCUGGCUCGGCCUGUUCAAUUAGAUCGGUGCCGUCGCCGGCUCAGUCACAGGGUGGUUCCCCUUCUCUCUUUAGGGCUCUUGGAUCUGAAUCAGGUUUGAACACUAAGCUCUGUUUCCUACUAAGACGUUACUUUUACAAACUUCAUCCUUGGCCUUUUAGUCUAAGGAGCAGGCAUUUUUGGUGCCCUUAUUCUAUUACUGUCCUUUUUCCGAAUAAGCAGCAAGAGUUGUGCUGGUCCUUGUUAUAAUCCACCAUGAUCCGGUUUAUAUUGCUUCAGAACAGGCAAGGGAAGACCCGUCUUGCAAAAUACUAUAUUCCACUGGAGGAGUCUGAGAAGCACAAGGUUGAAUAUGAGGUUCACCGAUUGGUCGUAAACAGGGACCCCAAAUUCACAAACUUUGUUGAGUUUCGCACUCACAAGGUUAUUUACAGGCGGUAUGCGGGAUUGUUUUUCUCCAUGUGUGUUGAUAUCACUGAUAAUGAGCUAGCAUACCUGGAGUGCAUACAUUUAUUUGUGGAGAUCUUGGAUCACUUCUUCAGCAAUGUGUGUGAGCUGGAUUUGGUAUUUAAUUUCCAUAAGGUAUACUUGAUCCUGGAUGAAUUUAUACUUGCAGGGGAGCUGCAAGAAACAAGCAAGAGGGCAAUCAUAGAGAGAAUGGGAGAGUUGGAAAGACAGGAGUGAGAAGCACAGAUUUGAAGGAGUAUUGUAGAGGCUUGGGCGUGUUUCAUUCUUCUACUGGUUUCCAUCUUGUAUUUUGUGUUCAUUUGAUUUCACCAUUUUGACUGAUUUCAUGUCUAAGCUUUUUCUAUUCAAGUUUUGGAAAUCUGUUUACACUGUUCAAGUUAUCAAGCUUAUAACAUUUAUAUGUCAUGUCACCGAGCCUACCUUGUUGUGUAGCCUCAAGUGAUGGAUCGUUCCAAUGACAUUUUUAUGGCCCUCGGAGAUGUAAACAGCUUUGGUAGUUUGUAUUUGGAAA